GUGUGUCCUGAGGGCAGGGUGAAGCAAGACUUGGAUGGUUUGAUGUGCCAGAAGUUGAUGGCCUUGAGAGAGAAGCGUUGGGUGCUGUGAUGGUGUCAAAAAGAGCUGAUUUUAGGGGGGGGGGGGGGGGAAGGGGAGACCCGGCUCCAUGUCUGCCCCUGGAUCCAGGGGGGGGGAAAAUGUACCUGCAGCACUUGGGGCUUCCCAGCAGCUUCGUGUGGGAAGAGCAGCCCUUUCCCUGCCACCAGGGAUGGUUUUUGUGUGGGAAGAGCAGCCCCUUCCCUGCCACCAGGGAUGGGUUUUGUGUGGGAAGAGCAGCCCCUUCCCUGCCACCAGGGAUGUUGUUGUAGGGCCUGGACGGUGUGGAGAUGUGGGAGAGGCUGUGGGAGCAGCACCAAAGGGUUAAGAGGCCCUGGGGAGCCUGGAGGGACUCACCCCCCCCCCCCCCCCACCUCUGCCCAAUCCCCGGAAUCCCUCUGUGCUAAUUGAGCACUAAAGCAGAUCAAAGGCUCCAAUCAGGCAAUCAACACCCCCCUGGCCCCGGUGGUGUCCAGGUCCCCAGCCUGGGGUUGCUGCUCUUUGUCUGGGGAAGGAGAGCAGAGCGAUGUGGUGGCUUCUCCCCAGCCUGGCCUGGGCUCUCCUGGGCCCCGUGCUGGGGACAGAGCUGAGCCUACAGGAAAGUUUGCUGCUGAAAUCCUUGGGCCUGAGCGCCAAGCCCAGCCCCAAAACCCCUGCCCCGGUGCCCGCCGUGCUCUGGAGGAUCUUCCAGAAGAGGAAGACGCCGCCCCCGGCAGACAAAGAGCCCCUGGACGCCUGUAGGGUGGAGGAACUCAAUGUCCCCGGCAACAUCAUCCGCGUCCUGGCUGACCAAGGCCCCUUCACCCCCGAGGAGCAGCCCCAGGGGUGGCUGUGCCUGCGGAGGCGCCUGCUCUUCAACCUCUCGGUGCUGGAGGAGGGCGAGCGCUUGACCCUGGCCCGGCUGGAGAUCCAAUUCCCCCACAACUCGUACCAGCCCUCCCUCCAGGGGCAGGCCUUGGAGCUGAGGCUCCUGUGGGCUCCCCGGGCAUCCCUGCCAGGGGUGCCCCAGCGCAGGCAGAGGCUGCUGGUGGAACAGUCCUUGGCUCAGCUGCACAAGUCUCUCCUGUUCGACCUGAGCUCGGCGGCGCGGGCGAGCGGCGGGAGUUUGGGAUUGAUCCUGGAGAUCUCGGCCGGCGAGGGGGCCCCGAGGAGCCCCUGCCCCGGCGGCGUCGAAUCCUUCCAGGACGCCUCCCUGCUGGUGGUGACCCUGAGCCGGCAGUGCCAGGCCCCUCAGAGGAGGAGAAGGAGCGCCAGGCUGCCCCCUCUCACCCCCAGCAACCUGUGCAAGGCGCGGCGGCUCCACAUCAGCUUCAGCGACGUGGGCUGGGAGAACUGGAUCAUCGCCCCCCAGGGCUACCUGGCCAACUACUGCCGGGGGGAGUGCCCCUUCCCGCUGACGGCCGAGCUCAACAGCACCAACCACGCCGUGCUGCAGACCAUGGUGCACUCGCUGGACCCCCAGGGCACCCCCCAGCCCUGCUGCGUCCCCGUCAGGCUCUCCCCCAUCUCCAUCCUCUACUACGACAACAGCGACAACGUGGUGCUGCGGCACUACGAGGACAUGGUGGUGGACGAGUGUGGCUGCAGGUAGAGGAGGAUGGGGGGGUGGAACGAACCCC